AUGGAGCAGGUCAAGCUUCUCCGGCGUCGCACCGGCGACCUGCUCGCCAGUGCCCAGCAAAACAUGGCCAGCACCCAGCAGAGCUUCCUCAGCAGCGCCCAGCAGAACCUCCCCGCCUUCUCCAUGCCGCAGUUCAACCUCCGCACCCUCACCCAGUCCUCCUCCUCCCCUCCCGCCGAGCCCACCGCCACCUGGCAGCGCAUCGACGACAUCCCCGCGCUCCGCCGCUCCGGCCACUCCCUCGACAUCGUCGGCGGCAGCGCCUACAUCUUUGGCGGCGAGCUCGACCCGACGUCACCCGACGGCCGGCCCGAGCUCGCCGACAACGACAUGCACGUCGUGCGCCUGCCCGUCAGCGGCGCCAGCACCGACUACCUCCGCAUCCGGGCCGUCCCCGAGACGCCCGACGAGGUCGGCGACGAGGCCGCCUCGUCCGCCGCGGGGUCCGAGGUCGGCAGCGUCAGCAGCCCGUCCCGAUCCAAGGGCAAGGGACGCGCUAUCGAGAUAUCCCGACCGGACUUGGGCGACGUCCCCGCGCCGCGCGCCGGCCAUGCCACGGCGGUCAUCGGCUCCCGCAUCUUUCUCUUUGGCGGCCACGGCCUCGGCCCCAACCCCGACGACGACACGACGACGACGCUGCCGCCGCCGCCGCUAGACGAGGCCGGCACCGUCUGGGUCUUUGACACGCGCACCCGCGCCUGGAGCCGCCUCGACCCGUCGCCCGCCGUCAAGGGCGGCGCCAUCACCAUCCACCCCGCCGCUCGCACCGGCCACUGCGCCGCCGCCACGGACAAGCCCCGCGAUUUCGGCCCGACCACCACUGUCACCUCCUCCUCCUCCUCCUCCAACACCACCACAACAGCAGCUGCUUCUUCCACUCCCACACCCGCCGCCGCUCCCGCCAGCCCCACGACUCUGCGCGCCAGGGCGCAGAGCUGGCGCGACUGGGCCGUCGGCGACCUCCUCGCCACCGCCGUCGGCGCGCAGGAGCCCGCCGUCGGGCACGUCGCCGAGAACGCCGUCGACGAGGAGUCCCGCGGCUACGGCACGCUCCUCAUCCACGCCGGCCGCCUCUCGACCAACGGCAGCACCCGCGGCGGCGACGUCUGGGCCUUUGACGUGCGCUCUCGGAUGUGGUCCGAGCUGCCCGCCGCGCCCGCGCCCGCCCGCGACGCCGCUGCCCUGUGCGUCGGCCAGAACCGGCUCUUCCGCUUCGGCGGCAUCGACGACGACGAGGCUGCUCUCGGCGGGCAGCUGGAUUACCUGCCGCUCGAGGUGGAGACGGCGGACGACAGGCGGCGGCGCGGAGGAGCGAGGGUCGAGGUGGCGGUGCGCGCGCGCGACGCCUGGCAGACCAUCGUGCAGCGCCCGACGAGCACGUACAGCAGCACCGUGACGCCCGCGACGCCGCUGUCCUCGCCACGCGCCUCGACCUUUUCGGAGAGCCUCGGUAGCGAGCAGCAGCAGCAGCAGGACUGGCCGUGUCCGCGCGGCGGCGCCGUCUUGGAGGCCGUCGGCCGCGAGGCCGUCGUGCUUGCGUUCGGCGAGAGCGCUGGCGGGCAGCCGCUGGACGACGUGUGGGUGUUCCGGGCGCCUCCCGCGCCGCUGCUGUCGGUCAUGCAGGUCGUCGGCCGGCGGAACGCGACGGCGGCGGCGAGCGCCGAAGGGGGCCGGUGGACGCGGGUGGCGACGCGGCCGCACGACGAGGACGAGGAAGAGGAGGGGAACCGGCCGGCGGGAGCGUUGUUGCUGCCUCGGGCGCGGGGGCUGCUGGCCGCGGCGUCGAUGAAUAACCUCGAGGACAGCGGGUUGCUCGUCUGGGGCGGCCGGGGCGAGGCCGGGGCGAGGCUCGGCGACGGCUGGGUCUUGCGACUGUGA